AUGAAGGCCAAAAGAAUGAAAAACCAGCGCAAGAUUAUGCAGACAUACCAAAUGCAUUAUGACUUUCGUGAAGCGUAUCAAGUACUGAUCACAUCUGACUGUCUAAGAGCCAUGCAUGCUUUUGCCAUGCCCAUUCAGAAAUUCCUUCAGAACACCCUACAGGGCAAAGUACUCCCAUAUAUAACUCAAUGUACUCUAGCCAAGGUGAUGGAGGGCUAUUCUGGCAAAGGAAGAGACGGCAGACCUGCAUACCUACCACCGCCGAUGGACGUUCCACUACGCUACUGCAAGCACAAAGACGAUGAAGGUCAGGAGCGAGGUGUCAUUCCCGAAGCAGAGUGUCUCAUUGAUCUACUGAGUGGUCAGGUGAAAGGCAACCAGCAGCCGAAGAACAAGAACCACUUUGUGCUGGCCGCAGCAGAUUGGGAUGAAGGUAUCAAGGACCAGAAACAACGAGAGAAGCUCGAAGCGGAACGUAGAAAGAGACGAAGACAAGGAAACCCAGACGUCGAUGUGCGUGACCGUGCAAGAACAAUCGCUGGAGUGCCGAUUGUAUAUGUGAAGAGGAGUGUCAUGGUGCUAGAAGAGCCAAGUGCUGCAACAGACAGAGCGAUCAGGGGCGUUGAGAAAGACAAGUUCAAAGAUGGAAUUGGCGGUGCCGCUCGUGGAGUCAAGAGAGGGAGAGAAGACGAUGACAGCGAUCAGGACACAAACAAUGAUGACGGUUCGAAAAACAGAGGCGUAAAGAGAGCUCGUGGGCCUAAUCCCAUGUCAGUAAAGAAGAAGCAGCCGAAGGAUCAAAAACAACCAGCUCCUCCAGCUACAGCACAAGAGAACCAAGAUCCAUCACAACAGACUGCAAAGAGGAAACGUCGUGGCAAGAGAGGCAAACAUAAUGCAGAGCAGGGUGACAUGGCGAAACCCACCGAGGGUGCUAUUGAAUCCGAGCAAACGUGA